CAUCCUCCUCCUCCUCCGCAUUGGCUUUCAGCGGCAGGAGCAUCAUGUGCAGGACUCGGUAAAAACCGGAACCAUUUUUUUUGUCAAUGACUUCACAUGGUCUCACAGUAAACUGCGACUUUUAAAAUCAGUCCGGCAACAAUAAGAAAUAUGAGGCGUGACUACGACAGAGGCAGAGGCCGUGAUGAAUGGUCGCGAGACAGGGACCGUGACCGGGAUCGAGACCGUGACAGAGACAGGGAUGUGAAGUCGUCUGGCUUGCACAACAACCCGGCUGCGUUCAGUGGAGGCUUCCUUAAGCAGAACCCCAUGCAACAGCAAAUCAACCCUUUCACCAACCUGCCGCACACACCACGCUACCAUGAGAUCCUCAAGAAGCGGCUGCAGCUGCCUGUGUGGGAGUACAGAGAGCGCUUCACUGACAUCCUGAUGAGGCACCAGUCUUUUGUGCUUGUGGGAGAGACGGGCUCUGGAAAGACCACACAGAUCCCCCAGUGGUGUGUGGACAUGGUACGGUCAGUGCCAGGACCAAAGAGAGCAGUGGCUUGCACCCAGCCGAGGAGGGUGGCGGCCAUGAGCGUCGCUCAAAGGGUGGCUGAUGAGAUGGAUGUCAUGCUGGGCCAAGAGGUUGGCUAUUCUAUCAGGUUUGAAGACUGCAGCUCUGCCAAGACUGUACUCAAGUACAUGACAGAUGGAAUGUUGCUCCGGGAAGCCAUGAACGAUCCCCUGCUGGAGCGCUACGGUGUCAUCAUCCUGGACGAGGCCCACGAGCGCACACUUGCCACAGACAUCCUCAUGGGCGUCCUCAAGGAGGUGGUUCGUCAGAGGUCUGAUCUCAAGGUUAUUGUCAUGAGUGCCACGCUCGAUGCCGGAAAAUUCCAGGUGUACUUUGACAACUGCCCACUGCUAACCAUUCCUGGACGCACCCACCCCGUGGAGAUUUUCUACACACCAGAGCCAGAGCGGGACUACCUGGAGGCGGCCAUCCGGACUGUGAUCCAGAUCCACAUGUGUGAGGUGGAUGAAGGGGACUGUCUGCUCUUCCUCACUGGACAGGAGGAAAUUGACGAAGCCUGCAAGCGAAUCAAGAGAGAGGUCGACGAUUUGGGCCCUGAAGUUGGUGAUAUCAAAAUCAUCCCAUUGUACUCCACACUGCCUCCACAGCAGCAGCAGCGGAUCUUUGAGCCACCCCCACCCAAUAAACCAAAUGGUGCAAUUGGAAGGAAGGUCGUCGUGUCAACAAACAUUGCAGAGACGUCCCUUACCAUCGAUGGCGUGGUGUUUGUAAUUGAUCCCGGAUUUGCCAAGCAAAAGGUGUAUAACCCACGUAUUCGAGUGGAGUCACUUUUGGUGACGGCCAUCAGCAAGGCCUCAGCACAGCAGAGGGCAGGCCGUGCUGGAAGAACACGCCCAGGAAAGUGUUUCCGUCUUUACACUGAAAAGGCAUACAAGACAGAAAUGCAGGACAAUACAUAUCCAGAAAUCCUGAGGUCCAACCUGGCCUCUGUGGUGCUGCAGCUGAAGAAGCUGGGUAUUGACGACCUGGUGCACUUUGAUUUCAUGGAUCCACCAGCCCCAGAGACCCUGAUGCGAGCCCUGGAGUUGCUGAACUACCUGGCAGCGCUCAAUGAUGAUGGUGACCUGACAGAGCUGGGCUCCAUGAUGGCAGAGUUCCCCCUGGACCCCCAGCUGGCCAAGAUGGUCAUCGCCAGCUGUGAAUUCAACUGUUCCAACGAGAUCCUCUCCAUCACUGCCAUGUUGUCAGUCCCACAGUGCUUCGUCCGACCCACGGAGGCUAAGAAGGCGUCAGACGAAUCCAAAAUGCGCUUUGCCCACAUCGACGGAGACCACAUGACACUGCUCAACGUCUACCACGCCUUCAAACAAAACCAUGAGUCCACCCAGUGGUGCUAUGAAAACUUUGUCAACUACCGCUCGCUGAUGUCAGCAGACAAUGUUCGCCAGCAGUUGUCCAGGAUCAUGGACCGCUUCAGUCUGCCAAGACGGAGCACUGAGUUCAACAGCAGAGACUACUACACCAACAUCCGCCGAGCACUGGUCACUGGUUUCUUCAUGCAGAUCGCUCACCUGGAGCGCACUGGCCACUAUCUCACGGUGAAGGACAACCAGGUCGUUCAGCUGCACCCCUCCACUGUGCUGGACCACAAGCCCGAGUGGGUGCUCUACAACGAGUUUGUGCUCACCACCAAGAAUUACAUCCGCACGUGCACCGACGUCAAACCAGAGUGGUUGGUGAAAGUCGCCCCGCAGUACUAUGAGAUGGGCAACUUCCCGCAGUGUGAAGCAAAGAGACAGUUGGAGCGCAUCAUUGCAAAACACUCGUCCAAGGAAUACACGCAGUACUAAGUGCAUUUCCCGAAGUUCUCAUCCGAAGAACGUGGGAGGAGAUUGUCUGAUGCUCUCACAACCACCGGAAAAAAUGUUCAAGAACAUUGCAUGAGGCACCAACGCUUGUUCGCUGUAACAUUUUCCAGACAUUUUCCCUGUUUUCUUGCAGGGGAUUUCCUGACGUUUCCUUUAAACCUGACCACGUCGGCUGGCCAGAAGAAUGCGUGUUCUUGUGUGCGACCUGUGUGAGGACAAUAUGGGGAAAAUGUCUGGACAUGAGAGCAUGUCUGAAAGCAGCUCAGGACCGGUUAUCAGGAAUUGUGUCAAAAGCAUGAUAUACUAUGUAAAUGUCAACAUUUCCUCUUCAACACAUCAGUAAUAAGAAAAUCUUGGCAUUUUUGCAUCACUGCGAAAAUCAGUGAAUCCAUGAAGCUUUUCAUCAAAAGUUAACACUGUUUUUUGUUGCAGGUUUAAUGUAAUGUUAUGUUCUCUGGUCAUGAAGGUCCUAAAAUGGACACAUUUCCAAUCAGCUUAAUAAAAAUGACAUUGUUGUAGAAUA